GUCUACUUGUUGCCUUUUUCUUUCCAAUCCUGUGUCUUAUUCUAUUAAGCUCCUGUCGCUCUUCUUCCUCUCUACAUAUUCCCUUUCCUCCUCUUAAAACCACACUUCACCCACAUAGAAUAAAGGUGAACAAACUUUCACCUUCAUUUUUGUUUCGGCUUUGGUCUAUAUUCUUCCAUUGUAGUGCUGCACCUAGUCACCAUGCCCCUCCUGGAUCUAUUUGUGAUUGCUUCUAUGCCAGUUUUGAAAGUACUCCUGCUCACUGGACUUGGCUCGCUUUUGGCACUGGACAGUGUCAAUGUCUUGGGGGAAGAUGCAAGGAAGCAAAUAAAUCAAGUCGUUUUCUAUGUGUUUAAUCCAGCACUUGUGGGUAGCAACUUGGCUAACACAAUCACCAUUGAGAGCAUGGGAUUGUUGUGGUUUAUGCCAUUCAAUAUCCUUGUUACUUUUAUCGUUGGCUCUGCAUUGGGAUGGAUGCUUAUAAAAAUCACAAGCCCUCCAAAACACCUAAAGGGUCUCAUUUUAGGUUGCUGUGCAGCAGGAAACAUGGGGAAUUUGCCAUUAAUAGUCAUCCCAGCAAUCUGUAAAGAGAAAGGCAGUCCCUUUGGAUCCCCUGAUGUUUGCUACACAUAUGGAAUUGCUUAUGCUUCGCUUUCAAUGGCGAUAGGCGCAGUUUACUUGUGGUCUUAUGUUUAUAACAUUAUAAGGAUUUGCUCAAGUGAGAUCAACCAAGAAGUUGCUGAUGUUGACGUGAAGGCCAAUGGAGAAGCUCCAAAAUUAGUCCAGGAGAAUUAUUAUAAUUCCGAAGAGCUUACAUAUGGCUUACUGCUUCCUGAUAAUACAGACUCUCAAACAAAUAUCAAGACUUUCUCCAGGACACGAAUAGUUUGGGACAAGAUCAAGAUAUGGACAAGGAUGAUUUCAGAAAAACUUAAUCUCAAAUCAUUGUUUGCACCUUCAACUUCUGGAGCGGUUGUAGGAUUUGUCAUCGGAGUUAUCCCUCAAAUUCGAACGCUGUUUAUCGGAGCUAGUGCUCCUCUUCGUGUAGUUGAAGACUCUGCUUUUUUAGUUGGGAAUGCAGCCAUUCCAGUUACGACCCUGAUUGUUGGAGGAAACCUUCUUAAAGGUUUAAAAGGAUCAGGAAUUAGAUUCACACUCAUAGUGGGAAUAUUAGCUGUCAGGUUCGUUUUGCUGCCUCUUUUGGGCAUUGUCAUAGUUAAAAGUGCAGUGCAGUUUGGUCUGGUGCAUUCAGACCCUUUGUAUCAGUUUAUUCUUCUGCUGCAAUUUGCAGUGCCACCAGCAAUGAACAUAGGAACAAUGACUCAAUUGUUUGGAACUGGGCAAAAUGAAUGUUCUGUUAUAAUGUUGUGGUCAUAUGCUUUGGCUUCAGUUUCGCUUACGUUUUGGUCCACCAUUUUCUUGUGGAUGUUGUCCUGAGCAGAGCAGUGAGUGCCCUGCAAAUUGGGUAAUCGCCCAGAUUUGAUUUUAGCUUUCCUCGGAGGAAAAAUCUUGGAAUGGAUAGCGAGUGCUGAGAGAAUUUGGAAUAGUAUAGUUUACAUAAAAUCUAAACAAAUCCUUUCAACACAAAUGUAGUGAAUAUUAAAAAAACUAGCCCUUCUAGUGCGCCACUAAAUGAUAUAUUUUAUUUUCUUGAGCUUUUA